AUGGAAGACGAUGAUUGCCCACCACCAUUGGAGGAUAUGAGUGAACAACUUGUUAUGCUUAAAACAAUUAAAGAAAAACAAACUCCUUUCACUAGCCAAAACGAUGAAGAAGAGGUUAGAUUAGCGCCUAAAACAAAGACCUAGGAAUAAAGUUAGCCGAUGCCUAAAUCUAUACCUAUGUCUGAUGAUUAUGACAAAAAGCCAAGUACUUAAAUCUAGUAAUAGAAUACAUCUAACUCAACAGUUGCUGUUUAGUAGCAGAAGAAGCAGAGUGCUGGAGGUUUUGGAGGAAUGAAAGGUGGAUUUUUACUUGGUGGAAAUAGCAAACCAACGUAAUCCUAAUAAAGGCCAUAAGCAUAAAUAUAAAAGCCUGCAGAAGAUUUAACACACAUAAAAGCAAAACCUAAGGAUGAUUAACUGAAGUUAUAGGAAGUUCAAGAAGCAAUGAGCAGUACUUUACUGAAGAAAAAAGAUGAGUGGAUGAAUGCUGAUUUCUUCUAGAAACUACAGCAAAACCCACUAUUGCUCAAAGCUUUUACCAAUCCGUAGUAUAUGGCAGCAAUGAGUGAAUUCGGCUAAAACCCAACUGAAGCAAUGAAGAAAUAUGGUAACAAUCCAGAGUUUAGGACUAUUCUUGAGGAGUUCUCCAAAAUGAUGGGCACUCAUUUUGAGUAGAUAGGCGAUUAGAAAGCUAAAGAAGAGGAGGAAAAGGUCAAUAAUGACCCAGUGAUGCAAAUUAUUAAUAAUGAUGAGCAAGUCAAAGCAGUUCUAAAUGACCCUAAAGUCAAAAAGGUUUUAGAUCAUCUAAGAUUUAACGGUGCUCUUGAUUUGCAUGAGGUUAUGAGAAAAGACCCUGAAUUAGGAAUGAAGAUGCAAUUCUUGAUAUCGAAAGGAGUGUUAAAUGCUAACUCUUAACCCUAAUGA